UCUCGCUCUUGCGGCUUGUGCUAUGCAGUUUCCUGUUCAGGGUCCCCAUCAAGAGAGAAACCAUGGCGGCCACUGAGAUAGCUCGACAAGCGGGAGAAGGUGCCCGUGCUGUUCCUCUCGCCGGCCAUGUUGGCUUCGAUAGCAUGCCAGACCAGCUGGUCAACAAGUCGGUUAGUCAUGGCUUCUGCUUCAACAUCCUCUGUGUUGGAGAGACAGGCCUGGGGAAGUCCACUCUCAUGGAUACCCUGUUCAACACCAAGUUUGAGGGGGAGCCCAUGCAGCACAACCAACCCGGGGUGCAGCUCAAGUCCAACACCUACGAGCUGCAGGAGAGCAACGUGCGCCUCAAGCUGAAUGUGGUCAACACCGUCGGCUUUGGAGACCAAAUCAACAAGGAGGACAGUUACAAGCCUAUCGUGGAGUUCAUUGACACCCAGUUUGAGGCCUACCUCCAGGAGGAGCUCAAAAUCAAGCGCACCCUCCACAGCUACCAUGACACGCGGAUCCAUACCUGUCUCUAUUUCAUCUCUCCCACGGGACACUCGCUCAAAUCUCUGGAUCUUGUCACCAUGAAAAAGCUGGACAGCAAGGUCAACAUCAUCCCCAUCAUUGCUAAAUCAGAUGCCAUUUCCAAGAGUGAGCUCACCAAAUUUAAGAUCAAGAUUACAAGUGAGCUGGUCAGCAAUGGAGUUCAGAUUUACCAAUUCCCCACAGAUGAUGAGACAGUGGCUGAGAUCAACUCCACCAUGAAUGGCCAUUUACCAUUCGCUGUUGUGGGCAGCACUGAAGAAGUGAAGAUUGGGAACAAGAUGGUGAGAGCGAGGCAGUACCCCUGGGGGACAGUGCAGGUGGAGAACGAGAAUCACUGUGAUUUCGUGAAGCUGCGGGAGAUGCUGAUCCGGGUGAACAUGGAGGACCUGCGGGAGCAGACGCACACGCGCCACUACGAGCUCUACCGCCGCUGCAAGCUGGAGGAGAUGGGCUUCAAAGACACGGACCCUGAUAGCAAGCCCUUCAGUCUGCAGGAGACGUAUGAGGCCAAGAGGAACGAGUUCAUGGGGGAGCUUCAGAAGAAGGAGGAGGAGAUGCGGCAGAUGUUUGUGCAGCGAGUGAAGGAGAAAGAGGCCGAGCUGAAGGAGGCAGAGAAGGAGCUGCAUGAGAAGUUUGAUCGUCUGAAGAAGCUGCACCAGGACGAGAAGAAGAAGCUGGAGGACAAGAAGAAGUCCCUGGACGAUGAGCUCAACACCUUCAAGCAGAAGAAGACCGCUGCUGAGCUCCUGCAGUCCCAGGCUCAGCAGGCAGGGGGCUCCACCACACUCAAGAGGGACAAAGAGAGGAAAAACUUCUUCUAAUCUGUCUUGGCCACCUGUCUGAAGAGGGGACUGCAGCUUCUACAAGAACUAAGCAUCCGUUUCCCCUUCUAGUCUUUCUCACUCCAUCGGCCAUUUUUUUUAUAAUAAACUCCCUUACUGUCUGCUCUGCUGAACAUGGCCUUAUGUGGGCUUUACAUGGUAUUUUUUGACAAGCAAAGUUCAGCUGCCUAAUUAGGACACGCCACACUGUCUGUCUUAUGAUGUUGCAAGGAAGGAUCAGAGUCCUUGGUAGACUCUCUCAUCCACGUUUGAAAUGUACAAACCCUGGAGAGACAAUACAUGGGACGGUACAUUUUCACACAUAAAGCCUUUUGAGUUGUUUUGUACUUUACACCUGAUGGCUAUUAGAAACAUCAUGCUCAUACAGGAUUCAUAUUUUUUUGGAAAUCAAAAUGCUAAAAUCCAUGGCAGGAUCAUCUGUUUAUUAUAGGCAUUAAGCACUGAGUAGGUAUUCCUUUUUAAUUGUCUAAUAAUUUGUGUUUUAAAUUCAUCCUGAAAAAUGCUAGUUUAAUCUGAACAUCCGGUUCCUGGGUGUUAACCCUAUCCUUACAACUGUGAACGUUAUGGCUUUGAGAUUACAAAAGCUAAAGAAGACAUGCUUUUGUGUUGCCGUGUUAAAAGCGGAAUACUGCAUGUCAUCUUAAAUGAAAUGCCAAUGAAAAUGACCCAUAGAACUGUAACUACUCUGAACAAGGUUGUCAUGAUAAUCACUGACAGCUAUGAAAAGAAAAGUAAUUGUUAGGAUUACAAACUGAGAACCUUAUGAUAAUUACAUAAAAUACCAUGUAGGACACAUUUGACGCCUUUCACAAUUGUUGCUUUGUGGCAUACAAAUGUUGCAUGCAUUUUAAACACUUUUAUUGAAUAUAAAAGUAUUUUUUCAGUCUCUUUUCGCCCUAUUAAGUAUUUAGUUUGUCAUCCAAAAUUCCCUCUUAAUAUUUUUGUCUAUUUAUUCUGGUUGUAAUGUGCAUAUACAUUUUCUCCACAGAUGUCGGCACCCAUUUUGCUAAUGUUUCAAUUAGACAGAUAGUUGGAUUAGGGUGGGGGAUGGGGUGUAAAAGCCGAAUGCAAGAAACAGAUAUUCAUGCAUUUAUAUAUAAUUUAUAAGGAUCUAUUUUGUGUAUUGAAGUGGAGACAUGUUAUUAUGGUAAAUGAGUAUUGGGAAGUGAGUUUCUGUGUAAACAUUAUGGUAUCAAGAAUGACCAUACAUUUUUCCAACGUCCGUCAUAUUUGCCCUACCCUGCCAAGAGCAAGACAUACCACAAAAAUACCACAGACUUGUGUAAUAUUUAACUGUAGUUGGACUCCAUUGGUGUACAUUUUCAAUAAAAUUAUAAUAAAAUAAAGGUGUUUUUAUUUUAA